UGGAUUUCUAUUCGGACAACCCUUUCUGCGCCAUCUAUAUUUGGCCAGUCAUAUUAAAAAUAGUUUUUGGGAAUGUAUGCUUAUGUAUGUCAUGUACUAUAUAUACUAUAUGUCCUGUAUUAAUAGGUCUGACAGAUCAAUGAGAUAAUAACAUGUAUAAUUUCUCCUUGAAAUUGCAGUUCAUGUCAUCCAGGAGGAUGUAAACUGGACAGGAAAAGUAGCAAUAGUUGUCCAUAAGAGAUAAUGUACAAGUCCAUCCAUCUUUAGCAAAGCCAUGUGCAUUAUGUGUUGUCAGCGAAGACCUUCUUUUGUGUACUGACGACGCACAAGGUAUUAUACAUCAAUUAUCAUUGGAAUUUGAUGGAGUGACGAUUCGUGGCAAUACUGUCAGCGUCAUUUCUUUUACUGAUGGCAUGCUUAACAUCGAAUCGAUUUAUUUCUUGGAUAAGUAUGCAUACAUCGCGGCAUCUUCAUGUCAUGGAGGCCUUUAUAGAUGCGAGCUUAGCACAAAUGUAGUGGAGAAGGUUCAUAGCAACUCUGCCGAAGGUGCUCGUUCGGCUACUGGAGUAAAUAGGAUAUGUUCCUUCAAAGGUAAAAUUGUAAUUAUAUUGCUUGUGAUGUUACUCCACAUAUAUCCACACCGGGCAGGCCGGCUGAAAAAUAUGCCUGGCCACGGUGUGAAUCGAACCGAUGACCUUUGGAAUACUAGCCCAAUCAAAGAGUAACAUCACAAGUAUCUUUCACCUGAGUACACUACACCAACACAGUAUAUGUAAUUAUAUUGUUUCAAUUAUUUCACGAUAAUGAUUUCUACUUAUUUUAUAAUAAUAAAACAGAAAUUCUGUGUUAUCCAAUGAUUUGAUAUAGCUCGAGUUCGGAAUUUAUUAGAGAAAUUUACGUUUUCUUUUAGGUAAUGUUGUGUUUACCGAUUCUAAAGCUGGAAGAGUGAAGCAAUACAACCCUGUUGAUGGCUCAGUUAGUAUUUUGCUAGGAAGCGGAUUGGACAGAUCCCAGGAUGGCACGGACAAAACAUGUUCCUUUGCGCAAGUGAAGGGAAUUACCUUGGAGAACACAUUGUUUGUGACAGAUGUUUCCGCUGGCGCAAUAAAGCUAGUAACGGGCCUUGCUGGUACAAUAACAUUCCUUAAAAUGCUUGGGUGCCUUUAUGAAAGUUUUGGAAUUCACUCAAAAGUCUCAAAGGGCAUGUCAGUGGGGAAUGCAAGUUCGCUUGAGAAUGUGAAAGAGAAUGUAGCAAAGGUCAACAAAUAUGUGCAAGACACUGUUACCAAAGUGAAAGAACAUUAUCACAUGAAAGAAUCUUCCGUGACCAAUGGCCCAGAGGGCACGAUAUCCCAUCAAACCCAAACAUCCCUGGACCUGCUCAACAAGGGAAUCAACAGAUUAUGUAAGAAUUUAACCGAUAUUAACCCCCGCUUUGCUGACGACGUGGCGCUUGAAUCUCUGCUGACGACCCAAGUAGAAAACCUUCAUGCAGUCUCACACUUCAAGCAUGAAAUCUUCAGCGUUCUUCAAUAUGCCCAAGAUUUUGACACAAUUGUCAAGGAGUCUCUCAAACGGACAACCAAAUGGGCUGCUAAAUACUACACACAUGUGACAAGUCGUAUUAGCCAGUUCCAGAGACAGCCAUGCCCCUUAAUGCCAUAA